AUGUCCUUCGAUUCACAAUUUGACUUAGAUUUUGCUUCUUCUGGCUUCUGUCUAGCUUUCGGUCAUCUCGCCGAGCAGGGCGAUCAAGUUGAAGUGUUCAUGUUCCAAGCAUUGAUAUAUCUUCUUCUGGCUCGUAGCCUUUCAGCCCUUGACAUCCAAAGCGAACAUCCAAUCUCAUUUGCUUCACAAUAUGCUCCUUCGCAAGAGAAGUUGAUGCCUUCACUAUUCGAAUCUCUCAACCCAGAUCAACCUGGUCAGAACACCGGGGAAUAUCCCAUCCUUGGUCAUCUAUUGAGUCCGCAGUCUUGGACAAAUUCUUUCAAUCUGGUCAACCUCAAACAACCAGAUCUCAUUGAGAGCUCACUACAACACCCCGGCCUCACUUCCCCAAGUCUUGAAGAUGAGAAUCUUCACUCGCUCACAAACGAAGUGGACGUGGUACUUUCUGCAAAUAAUCAAGUAGCAAGCUCGCCAAUGAAGGGGAAGCGAAAGAGGUCCGCAAGUAGUGAAAACUUGGAGGUUUUUCAAGGUCUUACAACUUGCGAGACAUACAAGAUCUUCGAGUGCAAACUCGAUCCAAAUUGCUUUCAAAAAUUUAACCGUGCUGAACAUCUUGCUAGGCACGAAAGGAAGCAUACAAAAGAAAAACCCUUCAAGUGUCACUGUCCAAAGGCAUUCAGUCGUUUAGAUAACUGGAGACAACACAAACAGGCUGCUCACAAGCUUACUCCAGUGGCAAACGCAGAGCAGGAAAAACUUCUGAUGCAAGUUCAGAAAGACUUGCAACGGUUAAACAAGUUGAGAAUAGCGACGAUCGUUGCUGAAACAAGACCAGUGCAGAUCCCCACGACAAAAAAAGCGAAAGCUGCUCCAACCCAAGAAAGGAAGCGGGAAACGAAGAAGGCUCCAUCGUUAAGCUUAUCGCACGAAGCCAGCGGGCCGUCGAAAGUGCCAUUUCAACCACCCGAGCCACCUUGCAUAGAUCUUCCACAGCUUCACCCUUACACUAUAGUACCGGCUUUAGAAUCCUAUGAUUUUUCAACUUCACCGUGUUCCAGUCAUAGUCAAGGCUUCCCAAGCAAUGCGACCGAUCUGUCGGUAUACUCAUUUGGUAUAGGAUCAAGCAACUCAGAUUUCACGCCGCAGGCCACCUAUUCCACUCCCCGUGACUUCUCCACAAGUCCUUACUCAACCCCUAUGGACUUCAAUCGGGUGAUCUCUUUCGAAGAUAUGCUUCAUUCUAGCACGACACCUGUUCCUCAACUUUCCAGUUCUUUACCAGGCAUUCAUCCUGGACCUUCCUUUUCAUCACUGGAACCGUUUUAUUUCUAUUCUAAUCCUAUUGAACCUUUUCCUUAUGAUCCUUCAACAUUUGUACCUUCUCGUUCCUCAGUCCAUUUCUCUGAUUCUUCUGAUGAACCUCUGAGUCUAAGUUAUGUAAAUCAUUCAUCUUCCUUGUAG